AUGCCUGAAAAAGCCCCAAUCCACAAGCACGCUGAUGCUGACGGUCAAUUCCGCCGCAAGCGCAGCCAAUUCCGCGACUCCAUCUCCUCAUCGCCCGACUCCGAAUUCCCUCCAGAAAAAGACCGCUAUGCCCUCUACAUCAAUCAGGGUUGCCCUUGGGCACACCGCGCGAACCUCGUCCGCUCUCUCAAAGGCCUAGAAUCCAUCAUCCAACUCAUCGUCUGCGACUUCGAGCUCACGAAAGAGGGAUGGCUCUUCACCGGCCGCAAUGGCUCGGACGAGAAAGAUCCACUGUACGGCUUUACCCGAAUGCAAGACCUGUACAAGAAGGCCGAUCCGGAGUACGAGGGGAGGUUUACGGUGCCCGCUUUGUGGGAUAAGAAGGCGGAGACGAUUGUGAAUAACGAGAGCAGUGAGAUUAUAAGGAUGUUCUACUCGGCAUUCGACGAGCUGCUACCCGAGCAUCUGCGCGAAGACGGGAAGCCGGGGGGUGGGUUCUAUCCUGAGAAAUUGCAAAAGGAGAUCGAUGCGAUGAACGACUGGGUCUACAAUACUGUCAACAAUGGCGUCUAUAAGACCGGCUUUGCAUCGACACAGGACGCUUACGAAGCGAAUCUAUAUCCGCUGUUCGAAUCACUGGAUCGAUUGGAAAAGCACCUCGGAGAACCGGGGCAUCAUCCAUACCUGUUCGGCGAGUACAUCACCGAAGCGGAUAUCAGGCUGUAUACGACAAUGAUCAGGUUCGAUGUUGCCUACUACAACAUCUUCAUGUGCAAUUUGAAAAUGAUCAGACACGACUACCCCAGAUUGAGUCGGUGGUUGAGGAAUCUUUAUUGGGAUGGAGGAAAGACGCUCAACGGGCACGCUUUCAAGGAUACGGUGAACUUUUGGACCUACAAGUAUGGAUACUUGAGAGCCAAGGGCAGAGCUGAGCCGGACGCGAAAUUUGUGGUACCGAAAGGGCCGGUGCCGGACAUUCAGCCGCUGGAUGAUGAUGAAGUGACAAACGGGCAUUAG